AUGUCAAAUCAACCAGAUCGUUUCGCCCUAUUCAUCUUGGGUCCCAAGGAAAAGAGAGUUGAAAUUGUGGAAGAUACACACAUUGCAAAUGCGGCAACAGUCAUUUUGAACAAGGAAGACCAUACUAUGGGUAACAUGCUACGGCAUUCCGUUUUAGCUGUUCCAGGAGUAAUCUUUUCCGGUUAUCGAGUUCCACAUCCGCUAGAGCCGCGAACCGUCUUGAAGAUUCAGACUGACGGAUCUUUGACGCCAAUUCAAGCUUUGAAACAAGGAUGUGAAAAGAUCAUCUCACAAAUCGGUCAAGUACGUUCAGAUUUCAGAAAUCAAUGUUCCUUG